UUUGGAUGAUACUGGUUUCGGUAGGCAACAAGCAUUAUCCUGCAAAGCCCCACAAAGAUGACAAUGAAAUGAACAGGGAUGUUGAAGAACUCUUGAACAGAUUGGACGGAAGGCUUUGCGAACAUCUCAAAGGUCGACCAUGGAAGGAUGUCUGGCAAGCCUCGGAGGAUACACAAUCCCACUAUGCGCAAUUCAUUAAGAACCUCAUAAUUCCUCAAGUGUUAGGUCGCCCCGCACUGCUCCUCCAUUGUCUAGGGGAUGGUGUGGUUAACCCGGAAAUCCUGUCGGAGUUGGCAGAUGGGUCGUCAAAAAUACUAAUUAACACUUCUGGAAGUGGGAAGACUCGGCUAUUGCUUGAGCUCCUGGCCAUGAAAUGGGGCUUUUAUUUCACAACUGCUGUUGACUUCGCCAACCUCCGGCUCGGAUCCCAGGAUGUGUACGAUGCAAUAUUCAUGCGGAUUCCCAACCACGCAAACUUUACCGAGAAACCCAAGGAUGUACACAGCAACAACUCCCCAGAGCUAGAACCUGCAUACCGCCGCAACCAUAACAUUGUUGCACGUUUCGUGUAUCAGAUCCUCACAGCUCGUGUUAUUGUCUUUGAGCACUUUUUGACAAAACUCCGUACCCUUUGUCCGGGUCGAAAUACAGACUUCAACAAGGCCAAGCUGCACUGGUUGUCAUUGCAAUUGAAUUCCUCCGAAAUUUUGGGAUGCGAUGUAUUCAAGGAUUUGACAAAGAUCCUUGAUGAUGCCAGCAACAACUUUAUCAUGAUGGAUUCGUUAGAGAUCCAGAAUCGCUUAUACAGAGCAAUAUCGGAGUUCAAGCUGGAUAGUGACAUCUUCUUAGUACUCGACGAGGCGCAGGUGGCGGCAGAACAAUUGGUCGGAUGUUUUAAGUCGUACCGAUCCCUGGAAAAGCCACAUGCUGUCCUGAGUCCGAUCAUUAAAUCGUAACUUCGGCAGUUGGGAAGCCGGCUACUUUCUCACAAUUCACCACGACUGGCGCGUUUGAUGACAAGGUUCGACAAGAGAAAUAUAUUCGUCGGUACACACCUCCCGGCUUUCUUGACAGUGAUUCCGGGAAGGAAUUUCUCCAGAGAGCAUGGAAUUUUGCACGCGGAAGACAUCGCUUUACUGCAGCAUUGUUGACUCAACUUUU